AUGGAUAAUAACAAUUGCAGCAAAAGGAUUGAAGAACUCCAGGAAAACACAAGAAAAGAAUUGCAAAGAGCUUCGGACCCAAUGGCAGCAAUGGAGUUGAUAGAUACACUGCAAUGGCUAGGAAUUGCAUAUAAUUAUGAAGAAGAAAUUGAUUUAUGGUUGAACAAGUUAUCUAAUUGGGAUGCUGGUGAAGAUCUCCAUGCAACUGCCCUACGUUUUCGACUGCUUAGGAAUGAAAGGUGGCCAGUUAGCUGCGAUGUUUUCAAGAAAUUCAUGGACAAGAAUGGAAAAUUCAAAGAGUCCUUGAACCAAGACACAAAGGGGCUUUUGAGCUUAUAUGAAGCAUCAUCCUUGGGUGCAUUUGGUGAGGAUAUACUUUCUGAGGCCAUGAAAUUUUCAGAAACUCACUUGACACAGUGCAUUCCGGGCAUGGGACCACAGCUUCGUGGACAGGUGACCCGAGCCCUAGAACUCCCUAGACACCUGAAAAUGGCAAGGCUUGAAUCCAGACUCUAUAUUGAUGAAUAUAGCAUGGGAAGCAAUUUCAGUCCAACUCUACUUGAGCAAGCAAAGUUAGAUUACAACAAGGUCCAAUCCUUGCACAGAAUAGAGCUUGCUGAGCUGUCAAGGUGGUGGAAGCAAUUGGGCCUGGUCGAAAAACUGAGUUUCGCACGUGAUCGGCCUAUGGAAUGCUACUUCUGGACUAUAGGAGGACUUCCAGAGCCGAAGUACUCAGGAGCUCGCAUUGAGCUGGCAAAAACUAUUGCCAUUUUGUUAGUAAUUGAUGACAUUUUUGACACUUAUGGAUCCAUAAGUGAGCUCUCUCUCUUCAACAAUGCAGUUCAAAAAUGGGAUCUUGAUUCAAUCGAGCAACUUCCUGAAUACAUGAAAAUAUGUUAUAUGGCACUUUACAACACUACAAACGAGAUUGCUUACAAAUCCUCAAAGAACAGGGCCGAAAUGUUCUCCCUUCCCUUAGACGAGUGGUAA